GCCUGACGACUAAUCUGGCGGCCGGAAGCUGCCUGCGUCCCGCGACAGCUCGGCCAGCUUCUGAUUUCCGGCGGUGUUCUGAGACGGUCCGCCUAGCGGCCUGGUAGUGUUUUCGUAUCCGUUUCUUACUUUUCAGUCUCUUGGUUCUGUUUUUCUCCUACGUCCGGGUCUCGCUUGACCCUGGCGAAGUGGCGGGCGACUUCCACUUCUCGGCCGCCCCGGGGCCCUUCGCUCGCCGUGGCAGAGCCGCGCGUGCACCUCCCUCUCCUUGUCCUCCCGGGUCCAGGCGCGGGGACGGACUGUCGCCUCCCCUGCUCCUCGGAACGGAGCUAGCGGUGACACCUCGGAACUGUGCUGGGAAGGGGAACUUGGAGAGGAGUAGUACAAAAUGUCAAAAAUUAGGAGAAAAGUCACAGUGGAAAACACCAAGACUAUAUCUGAUAGCACAUCGCGAAGACCCAGUGUGUUUGAGAGGCUUGGACCCAGCACUGGCAGUACAACAGAGACACAGUGCCGUAACUGGCUGAAGACUGGCAACUGCCUCUAUGGAAACACAUGCAGAUUCGUACAUGGCCCUUCACCUCGUGGGAAAGGUUACAGCAGCAGUUAUAGAAGGUCACCUGAAAGACCUACAGGGGAUCUCAGAGAAAGAAUGAAGAACAAACGCCAAGAUGUGGAUGGUGAGCCCCAGAAACGAAAUACAGAGGAAUCAUCCUCGCCUGUUAGGAAAGAAUCUUCAAGAGGGAGACACAGGGAGAAGGAAGAUAUAAAAAUCACUAAGGAGAGAACUCCAGAAAGUGAAGAAGAAAAUGUAGAAUGGGAAACUAAUAGAGAUGAUUCUGACAAUGGAGAUAUUAAUUAUGAUUAUGUUCAUGAAUUGUCAUUGGAAAUGAAGCGUCAGAAGAUACAGAGAGAAUUAAUGAAGUUGGAACAAGAAAAUUUGGAGAAGAGAGAAGAAAUUAUCAUUAAAAAGGAGGUCUCGCCAGAAGUGAUUAGAUCAAAAUUGUCUCCAUCACCUUCUCUAAGAAAGUCUAGCAAAUCUCCAAAGCGAAAAUCAAGCCCCAAGUCCUCUUCAGCUAGCAAGAAAGAUAGGAAGACAUCUGCAGUGUCUUCGCCCCUGUUGGACCAGCAGAGGAAUUCAAAAAGCAACCAGAGUAAAAAGAAAGGGCCACGUACUCCUAGUCCACCCCCUCCUAUACCAGAAGAUAUUACUCUGGGAAAGAAAUAUAAAGAGAAGUAUAAAGUGAAAGACAGGAUAGAAGAAAAACCAAGGGAUGGAAAGGACAGAGGACGAGAUUUUGAAAGGCAGAGAGAAAAGAGAGACAAACCAAGAUCUACUUCCCCGGCAGGACAGCAUCAUUCUCCUAUAUCUUCUAGGCAUCACUCCUCAUCUUCACAAUCAGGAUCGUCUAUUCAAAGACAUUCUCCUUCUCCUCGCCGAAAAAGAACUCCUUCACCAUCCUACCAACGGACGUUAACUCCAUCUUUACGACGUUCUGCUUCUCCUUAUCCUUCACAUUGUUUGUCUUCUCCUCAGAGAAAGCAAAGUCCUCUAAGACAUCGCUCUCCAAUGCGAGAGAAAGGGAGGCAUGACCAUGAGAGGACCUCACAGUCACAUGAUCGGCGUCAUGAAAGGAGAGAAGAAACUAGAGGCAAAAGGGAUAGAGAAAAGGAUACAAGAGAGGAACGAGAGUAUGAGCAGGAUCAGAGCUCUUCUAGAGACCACAGAGAUGACAGAGAACCCCGAGAUGGUCGGGACCGGAGAGAUACCAGAGACACUAGAGAACGAAGGGAACUGAGAGAUUCCAGAGACCUCCGGGACUCCAGGGAGAUGAGGGAUUACAGCAGAGACACGAAAGAGAGCCGGGAUCCCAGAGACUCUCGGUCCUCUCGUGAUGCCCAUGAUUACCGGGACCGUGAAGGUCGAGAUACUCAUCGAAAGGAGGAAAUGUACCAAGAAGAAUCCCGGAGUUAUGGCAGAAACCACUUGAGAGAAGAGAGUUCUCGUACUGAAAUAAGAAAUGAUUCCAGAAAUGAGUCUCGAAGUGAAAUUAGGAAUGACCGGAUGGGCAGAAGUAGGGGGAGAGUACCAGAGUUACCUGAAAAGGGAAGCCGGGGAACCAGAGGCUCUCAAAUUGAUAGUCACAGUAGUAGUGGCAACUAUCAUGACAGCUGGGAGACUCGAAAUAGCUACCCUGAGAGAGACAGAUAUCCAGAAAGAGACAGCAGAGAUCAAACAAGGGACUCUUCCUUCGAGAGAAGACAUGGGGAGAGAGACCGACGUGACAACAGAGAAAGAGAUCAAAGACCAAGCUCACCAAUUCGACAUCAGGGGAGGAAUGACGAGCUUGAGCGUGAUGAAAGAAGAGAGGAACGAAGAGUAGACAGAGUGGAUGAUAGAAGAGAUGAAAGAGCUAGAGAAAGAGAUAGAGAACGAGAACGAGACAGAGAACGGGAGAGAGAGAGGGAACGGGAUCGAGAAAGAGAAAGAGAAAAAGAAAGAGAACUAGAAAGAGAGCGUGCCAGAGAAAGGGAGAGAGAAAGAGAAAGAGAAAAAGAGAGAGACCGUGAAAGGGAGAGAGAUCGUGACCAUGAUCGAGAAAGGGAAAGAGAGAGAGAGCGAGACAGGGAAAAAGAACGAGAGCGAGAAAGAGAAGAAAGGGAGAGGGAGAGAGAACGAGAACGGGAAAGAGAGAGAGAACGGGAAAGAGAGAGAGCAAGAGAAAGGGAUAAAGAACGAGAACGUCAGCGGGAUUGGGAAGAAAAGGACAAGGGGCGAGAUGACCGCAGAGAAAAGCGAGAAGAUAUCCGAGAAGAUCGAAACCCAAGAGAUGGACAUGAUGAAAGAAAAUCAAAGAAGCGCUAUAGAAAUGAAGGGAGUCCCAGCCCUCGGCAGUCACCUAAGCGCCGGCGUGAGCAUUCUCCUGACAGUGACACUUACAACAGUGGGGAUGACAAAAAUGAUAAACACAGGCUCUUGAGCCAGGUUGUCCGACCUCAAGAAUCUCGUUCUCUCAGCCCAUCACACCUCACAGAAGACAGGCAAGGUAGGUGGAAAGAAGAAGAUCGUAAACUGGAAAGAAAAGAGAGCUCACGGCACUAUGAGGAGCAAGAACUCAAAGAGAAAAUUUCUGCUGCAGAUAAACAGAGAGAACAGGCAGAACUCCUAGAAAGCUCAAGAGCACGUGCACAAGACAUGAUGGGCCACCACCAGUGUGAAGAUCGUGACAUAUGUGAUCGAGCUUAUGACGAAAGUAAGAAAAAGGCAAAACUUCAGAAGAAACCUAUCAAGAAAAAAAAAGAGGAUGAUAUUGGGAUAGAGAGGGGUAACAUUGAGACAAUAUCUGAAGAUGGCCAAGUCUUUUCACCAAAAAAAGGACUGAAGAAGAAAAAUAUUGAAAAAAAACAUAAAAGAUCCAAAGGUGAUUCUGAUAUUUCUGAUGAAGAAGCAACCCAGCAAAGUAAGAAGAAAAGGGGUCCACGGACGCCCCCCAUGACAACCAAAGAGGAACUGGUUGAAAUUUCCAGUGGUAAAGAUGGCACACCAGAGGAUCCUCAGAGGAAAGAAGACACGGCCUUUAGUGACUGGUCUGAUGAGGAUGUGCCUGACCGGACGGAACUGACAGAACCAGAGCGUGCUGCCACUGCUGCUACUCCUGGUAGUACCCCUUCUCCUCUGUCUUCUCUUCUCCCUCCUCCUCCUCCUGUGGCUGGUGCUGCUGCUGCUCUUGCCUCUGCUGCUGCUACUGCUGGUACCACCUCUGGCACCAUUUCCACCUCUGCCACCCCCAACAACAGCAGUGCUCCUUUUGCCAGUGAAGAGUUACAUAGAAAAUGCCACAGAACACGGGUGGAAAAAGUAGAGGCACCUCACGUGACUAUAGAAGAUACACCACAUCGCAAGCCAUUGGAUCAAAAGAGGAGCAGCAGCCUCGGGAGCAAUCGGAGUAAUCGUAGUCACACCUCUGGUCGUUUGCGCUCUCCAUCCAAUGAUUCUGCCCAUCGGAGUGGGGAUGACCAAGGUGGUCGAAAGAGAGUGCUGCAUAGUGGCUCAAGAGAUAGAGAAAAAACAAAAAGCCUGGAAAUCACAGGAGAGAGAAAAUCUAGGAUUGAUCAGUUAAAGCGUGGAGAACCCAACCGAAGUACUUCUUCAGAUCGCCAGGAUUCAAGAAGCCAUAGUUCAAGAAGAAGUUCUCCUGAGUCAGAUCGGCAGGUCCAUUCAAGAUCUGGGUCGUUUGACAGCAGAGAUAGAUUUCAAGAACGAGAUCGAUAUGAGCAUGAUAGAGAGAGGGAGAGAGAGAGGAGAGAUACAAGGCCGAGAGACUGGGACCGAGAAGCUGAUAAAGAUUGGUCACGGAACAGAGAUCGUGAUAGAUUGCGGGAGCGAGAAAGAGACAGAGAUAAAAGGAGAGACUUGGACAGGGAGAGAGAGAGACUAAUCCCUGAUUCUCUUGAUAGAGACAGAGAAAGAGAUAGAACUUUUGAGAGUUCUUCUCAAAUGGAGUCUAUGAAACGCAGUGAAUCAAAACUGGAGAAUGAAUAUGAAAGAGACCUAGAAGGCUCUUCUCGCGACUCUGUAGCUUUGGAUAAAGAAAGAAUGGAUAAAGAUCUGGGGUCUGCACAGGGAUUUGAAGACCUGAAUAAAGCUGAGAGACCUGAGAGUGUGGAAGCAGGAGAUGAUGAAUCCAAGUUAGAUGAUGUACAUUCAUUAGGCUCUGGUGCUGGAGAAGGGUAUGAACCAAUCAGUGAUGAUGAGCUAGAUGAAAUUCUGGCAGGUGAUGUGGAAAAGAGAGAGGACCAACAGGACGAGGAGAAGAUGCCAGAUCCAUUAGAUGUGAUAGAUGUGGAUUGGUCUGGUCUUAUGCCAAAGCAUCCAAAAGAACCACGGGAGCCUGGGGCUGCACUCUUAAAAUUCACACCUGGAGCUGUUAUGCUGAGGGUUGGAAUUUCUAAAAAGUUGGCCGGUUCUGAGCUCUUUACCAAAGUAAAAGAAACAUGUCAGAGACUAUUAGAAAAACCCAAAGAUGCUGACAGUCUUUUUGAACAUGAUUUGGGGGCCCUCAAUAUGGCUGCGUUACUACGAAAAGAAGAAAGAGCAAAUCUUCUUAGUAAUCUUGGACCAUGUUGUAAAGCAUUAUGCUUCAGACGGGAUUCUGCAAUCCGAAAACAGCUUGUUAAAAAUGAGAAGGGUACUGUAAAACAAGCUUACACAAAUGCUCCAAUGGUAGACAAUGAAUUACUACGAUUGAGUCUUCGGUUAUUUAAGCGAAAGACUACUUGCCAUGCCCCAGGACAUGAAAAGAUUGAAGAUAAUAAAAUAUCACACUCCAAUAUGCAACAGGAACUGUGUGUGUCCUAAGACUGAAAUUCAGCAUGAUACUUUGGGUACUAUCUUCCUUCGACAGUGCAUAUUCUUUUUCAAAGUUUAGUUUGACAAACAUUAUCAGUGACAAAGGCAGAAAAAGGUUUGUCACCGUACUAAAAGAGUGAAGAACAUUGAUCUCUAGAGACACUAGUUUUUGACUAACUUAAAAUUUUACAUUAAUUUUUAUACCAUACUUAAUACUCAUGCAAAAUAAUGUGAAACCAUCUAGGUAGCCUGUUCUGUACCUUUUGUUAAAGCUGAAGAUUUUGUAAAACCUCAUCACUGCUCUUCCAGCCUAUCAAUAUUUUUUUUUUGGUACCGGGACUCGAACUCAGGACCUUGCGCUUUCGAGGCAGGCAGUGACACCACUGAGCUAAAUCCCCAGUCCUCUAUCAAUAUUUUUUAUGGAAUGGAACCACGGAUUUAUAUUCUGGAUCAUCCAUACAGAACAAUGAUUUUAACAGUGUGUUCAUCAAAAUAAUUGCACACAUUGUGGAAUACCGUGUUGAAUAGAACAUUUGAAAGGGAAUGCUGGUCUAGUGUAGUGUAUUUGUAGGCACAUCUCCAGAAGGAAGCCAAAAUAUUCUUUUUAAGUUCUAAAAAAAUUACUUCAUGAGUCUUUGAUUUUUUAAAAAUGUGUGUAUAUUGUUAUGGUGUAUAUUGGUGUCUUUGUGCUCUGAAUAAUUUCUUGUUUAUUAUCAAAGACUGUUAUCAUUUUAUUUUUAAUAAACAUACCUUUCCUUUUCUUGUUCAAGAUUUAUGUACUUGGCUGUUCGUUAGUUGUAUGCUGAUAUUCUGAAGCAUUUACCAUCAACAUUACAGUUUCAUGUUUCAGACACUUUUCCUGCUUCUUUCUUCAUUGAACUGCUGUACAUAGUGUGACACAUACUGAGGAUGCACUUCAAAUAUAGCUCAGUAAUUAUUUGAAGCAAACCAUUAGUUAACAAACCUAUAUAAUUGAUGAGGUUUAUAAUCCUACUGUUACAUUGUUCAGUAUUAUAACCUUUAGUUACAUCAAACUGCAUCCAUCCUAUACUAUGUAAUACAGAAAACAGCUUUACUUUUUAAAAAUUACAGUAUAUCAUCUUUGUUCUCUACAUGUUCAACUCAUAAAGUAGAUGUGUAAAUUGGAAAUGAACUGCAACCUGCAGAAUUUGUGGGCAGAUAGAAGUAAUGACAAUAAAAAAAAGACAGAAUUUUAAUUUGGUCAUGGCCUUCCAGAGUUUUGGUGAAGUAUGAGUCUGUAUUACCUAUAUCAGUAGUUUUGUGUCCUCUUUAAAGGUUACAUAAUGACUCUUAAAAGUUUUUGUUUGCUUCAAGAAACAUUUGUUGUGCAGUUAAUUUUUUCAAAUGACUUUGAAAUCGUGUAUAAGAAAUUUGCAAACAGAACAGAAAACAAAAAGUAAUCACAUUUUCCUGGCAUCUUUUCCUUUAUUAAAUGUUUUGAAUAAAGAAAAAAAAAUUAUCCCAGAGAAUGAAUGCCCUUUAGGAAACUAUUUCCUGAUUAAAGUGGAUGAGAUUGUUUUCUGCAGCAUAAAUAUUUAAAAUACAAACAUUUUUAAAUUUAAUUUUGUAAUGGCUUAAAAUUCCUAGAAUUUUCUUUUGGCUUCUUAUAAUUGUGGAAUAUGACAAAAAUAAUUGUUUCCUCAUUUGUCCAUGGGUCAUAUUUCAGAAAUUAUUCAUGGAAUAAAAACUACAGUUAAAUCUGCAACUUAAAUCUAUUGCCAUUUUAGCUUUGAAUAUCUUUUACAUUGCAAAAGAAAAUUCAGAACGAUCCAUUGUUCACUUGGUCAACCAUAUUCUGAGCUUCAUGUACUGUUAAGUCUCAUUUUUUUAAAUUCAAUCAUACUCAGUAUUAUUAACCAUAUAUCUGUAAAGUUCUACAAUAAAUCUUUUUGUUGGAGUUUUCAUAAAAGCUUUUGGGCCAUAUAUGAAAGCCUCAAUCAAACUAGUAUUUCUGAAAAAUCUUCCAAUCAGUAAAUUAUUUUCUAGUACCCUUGAAUUUGUCUCAUAAUUGAAUCAGAUUUGUCCAUUUGUCCUAAUUGCACGACUGGAUUCAAGCUGCUCAUUGGAGUUGUCUAAAUAGAGAAGGGAGAAAAGUUAUGUCUGCAAUCCAAAAUAAAUGAAAGUUGACAAAUAAUUAGAUAAUUGAGAGCUGUUUGAUUUUUAAUUUUUUGGGCAGCUAUCUCACCUAAAGGGUUGUACUAACUGACAAUAGCUAACUUUAUUUCACAAAAACUUGUAAGUAUGUUUAAGUAAUAAAUAUGCUGAAAAAUCUAACCUGCCACUUCUCUAUUCUGACCAGUGAAUACAGGUUCUCGUCCCCAUUUUACCCCGUAACUACCUUAAGAUUUUGUGAUUUGUCCUUAUCAACUUGAACAUGUGUGGCAUCAACAGAAUUAUCUUACUCUUUUCUGUUCACUUGAGUAAAAAUUAAGUUGUGAUUAC